CGCUUCCCAACGCCCUGGCGUGGGCCGUUUUCUUUUGAAGAAUGAGAAUGUUUCAUUGAGGCUACGCCUCCUGAAUGCAGGAAGGCCACGGGAUGGUCCCAAGACUGUGCCAAGGCGUGCCAGGCCUCGGGUCCUUGAGGAGCAGCGAGGGCUCUGAGAACGCCCCUGGCGAAGCGGUGCCGCCUCCAGCCCAGAGAUGCCGCCAAGAUGCCCGAGAGUGCUUGGAAGUUUCUCUUCUACCUGGGCAGCUGGAGCUACAGUGCCUACCUGCUGUUUGGCACCGACUACCCCUUCUUCCACGACCCACCAUCUGUCUUCUACGACUGGACGCCGGGCAUGGCGGUGCCGCGGGACAUCGCAGCCGCCUACCUGCUCCAGGGAAGCUUCUAUGGCCACUCCAUCUACGCCACGCUGUACAUGGACACCUGGCGCAAGGACUCGGUGGUCAUGCUGCUCCAUCACGUGGUCACUCUCAUCCUCAUCGUCUCCUCCUACGCCUUCCGGUACCACAAUGUGGGCAUCCUUGUGCUCUUCCUGCACGAUAUCAGUGACGUGCAGCUUGAGUUCACCAAGCUCAACAUUUACUUCAAGUCCCGCGGUGGCUCCUACCACCGGCUGCAUGCCCUGGCAGCAGACCUGGGCUGCCUCAGCUUCGGCUUCAGCUGGUUCUGGUUCCGCCUCUACUGGUUCCCGCUCAAGGUCCUGUACGCCACUUGUCACUGCAGUCUGCGCGCGGUGCCUGACAUCCCCUUCUACUUCUUCUUCAAUGCGCUCCUGCUGCUGCUCACCCUCAUGAACCUCUACUGGUUCCUGUACAUCGUGGCGUUUGCAGCCAAGGUGUUGACAGGCCAGGUGCGCGAGCUGAAGGACCUGCGGGAGUACGACGUGGCCGAGGCCCAAAGCCUGAAGCCCAGCAAAGCCGAGUGAGUGUGGAGGGGCCCGCACCCCGCGUUCCCUCCUUUAGUGUCGCCUGUCCGAGCAUGCUCAUGGGCAGGCCCCCAAGACCCAGCAGCAGAUGAGGCCAACGCGGAUGCUGCCCCCCCAAGCCUACUCCAAAACAGAGACUGCAAUAAAGACGUGGACAAUGUGGCCACUACCCUGAAGGAUAGGACAGUGAGGAAGGGGAGGGAGAGGCUGGGGAGGGGCAGGCAGGGUCUCAGCAGUGGGGACACUGAGGGCCAGGGCCUAGUGGCUGGUGUGGCUGCAGUGGACGAGCUGGGGCCCUGUGGCUGGUGAGGAGUAGCUGUUGGCCAGGCUGGACGACAUCCUCCCACCCAUGUCCCCACUGGAGCCGGUGGCAGUGGGGCUGGGGAGGAAGGAAUGCCCAGGACCGCAGGGGGAGCCCAGGCUCCAUCUGGGCUGAGACGUCCUGGCCUCUGAGUCUGGCAGGGGAGCCCACUGCCCAGCCAAACAGGAGCUGGGGCUGGGAGCUCGGACUCAGCCCAACCCAGGAGGGAGUCCUGGGGAAGGAGACAGCCCCAGGCCUGGGGCGGGCAGGCGGGCGCCUGGGCCAGGGAUGAACGGAGGCCAAAUUGGGUGACAAGCAGGGUCGGGGUGUGCAGUGUCUCAUAGGCAAUGUGAGGAGUGUUUGAGCAGGGGCCAGGACAGGAGGUUGUGGAAGGCUCUGGAAGGUGCCGACCAGCCAGGCCCUCUGAUUUGGCCAGUGGGAGCCAUCAGUGACCUGGGAACGAUGGUUUCAGGGAGGCAGUGGCUCAGAGCUCCGUGACGUUUUUUGCAAUGGGAGGUGCGAGAUGCAGACAUUUAACACAUCCGGGGCUGUAGCCAGGCAGAGGAGCCUCAGACCCCCCACCCUGUUUGGAAGGGAGAACCCACCAGAUUCGCCUUGGGUAUAGAUGAAACAGAAAUAAAAGAAUCAAAGAUGACUCAAGACUUCAA